AUGAUUCUACUAGGACACCUGAGACUGGUUCUGGGGCUCAGGCUUCUGGGGCUACCGCGACUGAAGCAGAUGGCUGGCCAGUUUGUGUCAAACAGGGGCGGAUGUCUGCUAUUUUCGGGAAACAGGGCUGAUAUUGAUAAAAUGCAUACAGUGAUCCAUAAGAGAAAAUUGUACUUUUUCACUGAUGGAGAGUACUACACUUUCAGACUCAACAGUGAUCAGACUACAGUUGGAUUGGCACAGAAGAACGAGAUGAAGAAGGUGGAGAACUACACGUGGCAGAAGGAGCCAGGAGAAGAAGAAGGAGAGGAGGAGUCAAAGACGGUGCAUUUCAUGGAUUUGCAGCCAAAGAAGAAGGAAAACAGUGGUGGACUAUUCGACAACAUCGGUGAUGGGAAACUGGGACGAAGCAAGGGAAUUGGGACGCUGACUACGACGAUAUCAAGAGAAGAAGGGGAGAGUAGCAAGGUGCCAAAUUACGGGGUGAAAGAGGCUAAAAAUACCAAAAAGAAGGAGGAGAAGGCUAGGGCCAAUAUGAAUGUGCAAAGAGAAGAGGUAGAAAAUGAGGGAAUUAAAACAGGAAGGGACAUCGAGUCAGAUGACUACGAUUCGAUGGCACCGGGGCAGUUUGACCUGUCAGUCAGCACCAUCGACUACCACGACAGGACAUUCAGUCUCAAGAAGGGCGAAUUGUGUCUGGCCUACUUCAAGGAGAGCUUCAUUCUCACAGGAUGCAACACGGGUGCCCAGAAUCAGGUAUUUGGGGUUGUGGACGUGAAGGAGGGAACAAGGAGAAUGACAGAAUGCAUGAAGCACGAUAGAAAGAUACCAGAAAGAACAAAGAGGGAGAAUCCAGGCGUAGGAAGGAGCCAGGUUGAACAGACAGCAGCAAAGCAGGCAAGAGUGCUACUUGGGGCAGCAAAGAACUCAAAUAUGGCAGGAAGUGGGACUCGUGUAUCACUGACGCAGCCAAUUGACCAGGAGGAUCUUCUUCCUGAGGCAGAGGCACAGAAGCACGACGUGGUUGGCGUCCUCGACAACAUCACCAGGCUUCUGGACACCGAGUUGCGUUGA